UGAAUGAUAAUCCACGCGGGAGGCGGUCUUCGGACGUCUUCUUCAUACAAGGCAAUGGAAGCUCUGGGUUUGCUAACGGUUUUGAUAUUACUACAUGCGCAAAGAACCUACGCGCAGACCGGUCCACCAAAGUGCACAUAUAGUGAUGACGUAUACAUUUGCGACUACCAAAGCAUGGCCUCUGCAGAGCGACCGAUUGACUACACGUCUUUCUCAGUACUGCCACAGCAAAUUCAAUUAAACGUGAACGGAUUUCUGCCAUAUAUCGGCGAUGGGCGCGUGUUCUCAACUGGGUUCGAAACAAUUGACGUCACUCUGCUCGACAUCAAUCACCCUGCAACGCUGACGGUAGACUGUGGAUGGUCCAACGCCAUAUACAUUGACCGCGGGGCUUUCACUCACAUGAAGUACAUAGAACGCUUCAAGAUACGGCAUUGCGACAUUUUCUACAUGGGUUCUGACACUGUCAGCAGUUUCGAGCAGCUGGACUCCUUUGUGAUCGAAGGCGGCUCCGUGGACAUACUUGAACUGGACACAUUCACAGAUCUGUCAGUAGAGAAACUACCACAGCUGUCGCACAAGUUCCCGAGAAGUCAAGGUCGAGUAGAAUUUGUCAACGCCCGAUUUCUAGCCGGUUCGGUUCCUGUUGGCCUACUGUUCUUUUUCAAGAACCUUAGUUCCGUUGCACUAGUGGGUGGGCACAUUAACAGCAUAACCGCAGACACAUUUCGGUAUAAUUACCUACUUACAAGCAUUGACGUCAGCAACAAUCCUAUGACGUCACUACCGGCAGCCAUAUUCCGAGGUCUGAACAUGCUAAGUGAGGUGACACUUUACGACAUCGAUUGGACGUGCACGUGUGAAGAUCUAACGUGGUUGGAUGACGUAAUCGAUACAAAUGUCACGUUACGUGGGGAUUUAAUGUGCAGCAAUGAUCCGGGAACAUCAGUUCUGAGUUUCUACCACUCGACGUGCAAAGUGCAGAGUGUUUGCGGGAGUACAAUUGGCUUUGCUAUAGGCAAAACGUGUCAGACAGCGACCGGAAUGGCGGUGUUUGUCCUAGCACUAGUAGCUUUUGUGUCAACGAUGACCAGUCUAGCGUUUUCAAUAUCAACGUUACGUCGAUUGCCGAGCGUGCAGAGAGACCAAGAGAUCUCGUACCGUAGGAAGCUAAAGAAAGCACGUGAAAACUGGAGGGAUGCGAAGAGGCUUGUACUGAAAUCCCUCAAGAAUCGACUGGAACGACGAGGCUUCGUCCCCAGCGUGACCCCGACGAAGAGUUUCGCACGUUUUUGAAAAUGAGCCGAGCUAUGGAAAAAUAAACUUAAUGCAUGUGCGUGAAGUAUCGUCCCAGAUUAGCUUGUGCAAUCCGCACAAGCUAAUUAGUAACGAAUCUUGCCGCUUAAAACACAUUUUCCUUGUAAGAAAGUCUCUUGUCCUGUGUAGAUGUAUAUGAUACAUUCAGUCUUAAGCGGACUGCACAUGCUAAUGUGCAGCUACUCACGCAUAUGCAUUAAACACCGUUUUCCCAGAGCGCGGAUAAAAUGGACCGUGUUCUGUGAAAAGGGGGUUAAAUGAAUGUGCGUAACCUGUCGUCCCAGAUAAGCAUGUGCAAUCUGCACAGGCUAAUCAGGGACGACACUUUCCGAUUUUAUGAUAUUUUUUGUUUACAGAAAGUAUCUUCUUUGCAUAAAUCCAGUUUAGGCGGAAAGUGUCAUCCCUGAUUAGUCUGUGCGGACUGCACAGACUAAUCUGGGAUGACAAUUUACGCACAUGCAUUAUAUCCUCUUUUCACAGAGCAAGGCUCAAAUUUGCGAUGACUUGAUUUAUAUGUGCACAAUUAAGAAUUUUUUUUGUCAACGUAAAUUUCAUUUAUGUAUUUUUUUAUGUAUUUUUUGCAUUAAGUAAAGUUCUAAAGAGUAUGUUUAUAAACAAUGUUGCACAAAUGAUGUCUACAUUAUUCUUUUCUUUAUGUUGACGUUUGCUAUGCCUGUAAGGAGCAUCCAAGCUAAGUGUUGUACUUGCAACGUAAAUCUCAGUUAUGAUUACACGUGUAUGUGUUUAUGUGAAUUCAUUUUGUAUGAAUACACAAUUAACUAUCAAUUAACUAUCAAAUAUAGAUAAUGAAUGUAUGUUGAUAUAAAGAGAAUAACAUGUUACU